UUCUUUCUUUCUUUCUUUUUUUCCUUUUUUUUUGGAGAUUUUUUAAACAGAAACAGAUUGAUUUUAGUGUCACGUGACCUCCUUUGCAGUCCUUUUUCUUUCUUUCUUUGUUUUCCCUUUUUUUUGGAGAGAUGAUGCAUCCAAUUUAUCGUCAGACGGUCGGAGUUCUUCCAUGGAUAUAAGCGUUUCACCGUCACGCACUCAUGCACGGCCGGCAACAGUGCUACCAGGCUAUGAAGCUCACAUCUUCAUCAUAUGCAGCAGUUCCUCGAUCUAUUAUAGGUGCCGUUUUUAGUUCCCAGAUUAGUCAAUUUUUCGUGUUGUCAAAGGUCCUUCAUCUGAUUGAUCUCCAUCUUCUUUAACCCAAAACCUCGGGAAAUUUAAACAACUAGCUUUCAAUCACGGGUGAUGCCGCAUCGGGUGUUAUUCCUCUUGCUCUUCAAUGGUGGUUUAUGUAAUCCACUCAAAGAUGAUGGUGCCGUUGCCCUUCAUUUUAAUCUUUAUAACACUAUGGUAGUGAUUUUGAAAGUAUAUCCAAAAGGGAUGCUUGAGAGGAAUUUCGUAGUUCAUCCCUUAUGGCUAGUAUGCAAUUGGAGGGUAUUUGAUAAUGUCUGCUGGAGCAUAAAAAGUACAAGAAUAUUCUGAUCUGUGGAACUCAAUCCAGGCCGAAAAGUGUUCUUCGCUACCAGGCAUUUUACAAGGAUGGAGAAUGUGGAUAGGGAAAGAAAUGCUCAAUUUUUAAGGAGAUGUAUAAUUACACAAAGGAGGAAUAGACUUAGGGCAGAUCAUAUAGCACGAGAAGAAGUACCAACCAGUGAAUCAGCAAGGAAUAGCGGUAAGAAGUUAUUUAAAAAAAUUUACAGUACUUAAAAGAAAUUUAAAAACUUUUGUAUAAUGUUAUCCACAAAUAAGUAAACAAGAAAAACUGCAAUUAGGAAACAACUCAAGGUCCCGAUCCAACUCAAGUACAACAUCCCGCAGCGUGAGGCAAAGAAGAUUGUAUAACUAUGAACACCAACUCAUAACGCCAUUAGCAACUCAAAAAUUGAUUACAGAAAUAUCUCAAGCAACAAAAUUCCCUCCAACUGAUGGUAAGAUAAGCAUCUCCCACUAUGUACAACAAUUAUUAUUAUUAUUAUUUAUCACACUCAUGUAAACACUUGCGAAAACGGUUAAUGUAACAGUUCCAACUACAAGCAAUUGUCAACAAACAAACCAUAUCUUACAACAUACAACAGAAGUCGACAAUUAUCAACCACACCAAAAUGACCAAAACAGGAAAUACACUGAACCAUGGAACUUUGGUGGCCCUAAACAUACAUGCUCUGACUGUGGGGGCAAUUGUAUGGUUUGAAGAGCGUGUCAAAAAUGAUUCUAAUAAGACAAUAUCAAAGUAUGGGAUAUGCUGCCAAAAGGGAAAAAUUGUGCUGCCUUUGUUAAAAGACCAGGCAAGGAUGUUAAACUCCAUAUUUGCAUUCACCUCAAUGGGCGGAAAGGUGGAUAGCACAAUAAAUCGAGGUAGCUCACCAUAUGUAUUCAGAUUGAACGGGCAGAACCACCAUAGAAUAGGGUCAUUACUGCCUCCUGCCGGCGAGCAACCAAGAUUCACUCAGCUUUACAUUUAUGAUACACAAAAUGAAGUUGCUAACAGGAUUAGUAGUAUUGCUAGUAAUGGGGGGAAUCAGAAUUGGAUCCAAAAAUUAUCCAAGGUUUAUCAAAGAUGUUUGAUGAGCACAAUGAAUUAACAAAAUCAUUCAGAAUGGCAAGGGAAAGAUUUCAAGAAUCAGAGUUACAACCUGUUCGGCUUCGAUUAAUUGGCACAAGGGCAAAGGAUGGAAGGCAGUUUAACCUACCUACAUCGUCAGAGGUGGCUGCAUUGAUAGUGGGAACAAGUGACGAUGAAAAGGGUAAUCGUGAUGUCAUUAUUGAACACAGGAUGUAUGGUCUAAAAAGAAUUUCAGAGUUGCAUCCCAGCUUCAUGGCCAUGCAAUAUCCAUUGUUGUUCCCUUACGGUGAAGAUGGAUACCGGACAGAUAUACCCCAUGCCGACGUAGAUGAAACAACAAGGGCAAGAACAAUAGUAACACAAAGAGAGUAUUAUGCAUUCCGUUUCCAACAAAGACGCCAUGAAUCUAAAACAAGAUUCCAGUUAGGAAGGCUCAAUCAACAGUUCGAAGUGGAUGCAUUCACAUGUGUACAAGAGUCAAGGUUGGAAUGGGUUAGGACAAAUAAAUCAACAAUACGGAAGGAAGUGUUAUGGGGACUUGCUGAUGCAGUCUCAUGGGGUGACACAACACCCGCAUCUGUUGGGCAGCGCAUUGUUCUGCCUUCGUCAUUCACGGGAAGCCCGCAGUUUAUGAUUCAAAACUACCAUGAUGUUGUAGAAAUCUGUAGAUGGGCAGGACCUCCUGAUAUUAUUGUCACAUUUAUAUGCAACCCAAAGUGGCAGGAAAUUCUUGAAUUCUUAUCCAUUAUCCCUGGACAAAGACCUGAAGACCGGCCUGAUAUAAUUGCAAGAGUGUUUAAAAUAAAGCUUGAUGAGUUGAUGUUGGACCUUACAAAAAAAGGCUACUUCGGGGUAACAAAAGCAGCAAUCUAUACAAUUGAGUUUCAAAAAAGAGGCUUGCCCCAUGCACACAUAUUGUUGUUCUUGCGAGAGGAGGACAAACCGAGAACUACAGAAGACAUAGACAGAUUAAUUUGUGCAGAGCUUCCGGACCCAGAAAUUGACCAAAUUGCAUUUGCAUCAGUGUUGCAACACAUGACACAUGGUCCAUGUGGCCCGAUAAACCACAAUUCUCCAUGUAUGCAAGAUGGCCAGUGUACAAAAUAUUACCCUAAGCCAUUCACCAAUGACACAACAGUAGGGAAAGAUGGAUACCCAAACUACAGGAGAAGGGAUAAUGGAAGAACGGCAAUAAAAAAUGGCAAUGUGGUUGACAAUUCAUUCAUUGUGCCGUAUAAUGUAGACUUGCUGGUUAAAUAUCAGGCACAUAUAAAUGUCGAGUUGUGUAACAAAUACAAUUGUGAAAAGUACCUCUUCAAAUACAUGAAUAAAGGACCUGACAUGGCUCUGACAUCAGUACAACAGACCAACAUUGAUGGGAAUCCACAAGCAGCGCCCAUUAUUGUCGAGAUACAAUCCUACCUUAAGUGUAGAUAUGUCUCAGCAGCAGAAGUAUGUUGGAGAAUGUUCAAAUUUCCAGUACAGUAUAAAUACCCACCAGUUGAUAGGUUGAGCUACCAUUUACAAGAUCAACAAACUGUGGUAUUUCAAGACCACAAACCAUUAGAUGGUGUGCUCGAGCGAGUGGGAGAGGCCCGGACUAAAUUCACAUAGUGGAUGGAGAUGAACAAGACAAACCCUCAAGCACGUGCUCUGAUAUUUGACGAGUUUCCACAACAUUUCAGAUGGGUACGGGAACUUAAAAAAUGGAAAAAACGAGAGAGAGGGUUCAGCAUUGGAAGGAUUUAUUAUGCACACCCAGCCUCAGGGGAACAAUACUACUUGCGUAUGCUUCUUAACAUAGUAAGAGGACCCACUUGCUAUGCGGACAUCAGAAAGGUGAACAAUGUGAAAUAUCCGACAUUCAAAGAAGCAUGCAAUGCAUGGGGUCUGUUAGAGGGGGACAAUGAGUGGCAUGAAGCAUUAACUCAAGCUGCAACUUGGGCAACCGCAGCACAACUGAGGGACCUCUUUGUCACUCUCCUACUAUUCUGUGAAGUGUCAAAUCCAAAGGAAUUAUGGGAAGGACACUGGAAAGAUAUGUCAGAUGACAUACUUUAUAGACAACAAAGAAGGUUCAGCAACAAUAACUUACUUCUAUCAGCAACCAGACCCAAAAUUAUUGCCUCUGUGAAAUAGAGAAAAUACUCCACACUACCAACAGAUCCCUGCGAGAAUUUCCUACCAUCCCCUAUCCAGAAAUGUCUCUUAUGUAGCAAACAGACAAUCCAUUGAUCAUCGAGCAGCAGAUGUACGAUUCAAAUUUGCUACGAAUGGAAGCCUUAAACCUUGAAGAAGGACUGAAUGUGCAACAGAAAAAAGUAUAUCAGGCUAUACUACAAGCUACACACGAAAGAACUGGUGGCUUGCUUUUCGUGUACGGAAGUGGAGUAACGGGAAAGACAUACUUAUGGCGAACACUAAUAUCAAAAUUGAGGUCGAAGCACCGGAUUGUCAUAGCAGUGGCUUCAUCAGGAAUAACAGCCCUCUUACUUCCCUCGGGUAAGACGGCCCAUUCCGCUUUUUGCAUUCCAAUCCACAGACAUGAACGGUCAUGCUGCAGAAUCAACCAAGGUUCAAAUCUAGCACUAUUCAUAGCAGCUGCAACAUUGAUAAUAUGGGAUGAAGCACCAAUGGUACAUCGACACGCAUUCGAGGCAGUCGAUCGUACUUUUCGUGACAUAAUGCAAGUCAACAAUGCCGCUGCUAGGGAGCUGGUGAUCGGUGGGAAAACAGUUGUACUCGGAGGGGAUUUUAGGCAAAUUCUUCCAGUUGUGCCAAGGAAAGGAAGAGGAGAUAUUGUUGAUGCAUCCAUCAGUAAAUCGCCCACUAUAUGGUCUCAAUGUAAGGUAUUCAAAUUGACAAUCAACAUGUGGCUUCAAGGUAAUGGUGGUGACUCGGGAAAUCAGGAGUUAGCUCAAUUCAGAAACUGGGUACUAGAUUUAGGUGACGGAAAACUUCCAGCCAUGUCAAAAGAGGGGGAAGAUGAACCAAGUUGGAUUGAAAUCCCAACUGACCUACUGGUAGUAGACGAUGGUGAUAAAAAGAAGGCCAUAAUCAACGACAUUUAUCCAGAUUUGUUGAAUAGGUACUCCGACCUAAAGUAUCUCACAGAGAGAGCGAUCUUAUCCCCAAAAAAUGAAUGGGUAGAUGAAAUUAAUAACCACAUCCUGUCCAUGAUUCCUGGUGAAGGACAGGUUUACAAAAGUGCUGACAGAAUAUGCCCCCUCACAAAUAGGAGUACAAAUGACGAGGUGUUUGUAGACACCUACUUUUGUCCCCAUUCCCGAAAGGGAAGGUUCGAUGAUGAGAACAUAAAUCUCCACUUGGCAACGCAUCUCCUAUAAAAUAACGGAUCUCAGUCACCUUUUCAUUUCAGCCAAAGCUAUUAUUUAUAGAAACCUGCUAAAAAUAGUAACUGCCGUAAAAGGUAGUUGUUAAAAGUGGCAAAGUCAUAAAAGAUAGAAAACUGUCAGAAUUAGGUGUUGCACUCCAAUAUAAAUCCUAAAAGAGAUAGAAUUUGUAUUCCUGGCAUAAUUCGAAAAUAAGAGUGACGAAUUAAUUAAAUUCCUAACGAACCUAGAGUUCGUAACGGGCCCAGACGCAUUUCGUCAUAAGUUAAUACGCACUAAAAGACUCGGAUAAAUCUCAAAAGUUUUUAUUCUAAGAGUCCAAAUCUGACAAAGAACUCGGCCCAGAUCCCAUUUUCAACGCCUGGAUCUGGGCGCUGAAAUCUUCGGCGCCCAGCUCCCGAACUAUCAAUCUCUGCCCUGCGGGUGUACGUUGAGCGAUCCCCACACCAGGGAUCAGAAGGGAACCUAUGGCCGUCGUGGUCGAACAUAAUUUCACUCCCUUUAUGUCACGAUAACCGGGUUUUGUCAGUUUUUCUCAUUGUCGUUAAAAACUGAAUGGCGACUCCUAUAUUACAAGUCGAUUGGGUGUAAACUCACAGGAAAUCCAAUUACACUUGAUCUGACGACGUCACGCCCACGAGGGACGAGGUCACGCAUUAGCCUCCUGCUUUUUCGACCCCCUCACAGUGGCGACUCCGCUAAUGAUGUUAAUGAAAUACUCGUGCUCGUAGGUAAUCAAAAUAGCCGAAGGGUGAAACGAUCCUACCCCGCGUUUAUUUCCCUAUCAAGUUGGGACGACUUGAAAAUCAGCAUAUUAAUGUGAAUGGACAGAACCGCAUAACGAAUCUUGGCUCCCUUGGCAUGUUUCAUCUCGGGAGUUGGGAAUAAGGAUACCCAUCGCCACCCGGGGGGUGCAAACGCUUCGAAUGUUGUCCACUCGGCACUUUCGCUAGUAGUACACCUGUCCCAAACCCAAUCGCUCGCCCAUUAGGUCCCUCUCAUUGGUGCAUGCCCCCUUGGCUUACAUCGUUAUUGGCCUCUUGGGACGAAAUUCGCUCGUGAAUGCACUACCUCGACCGGGGCAUGUGUUGGAUCGACAAUAGAAGCGGUACCAAGCCGGCGCAAAUAUUACCCAUAGAAGCCUAUCAUAAACUACGUGGCAUAUUAUUUUGCUUCAUGUUGUAAUGUUAGCUAUGUGUAGCGAAUUAUGUGAUUGUGUUUGACAAAUAAUGCUAGAAAACCAACGACCCUAAAAAUUGCCCAAACAUUCAUAAACACUAAUUGGCCAAACAUUUAUACCAACAUACGUGUUCCGCAACCCCGGGCGAUCGCCACAAAAAUAAACGACGCCCAGGACGGCCUGUAACGGAUUCCACAACGCUGCACAACGCGUAAAGGACGUUAUUAGGCAAGCACGCAAAAUUAAGUCGUAUGUACGAAAAAAGGAUACGCGAACAGAAUACGAGUACUAGUCAGGGACGCAUUUUCAACGCCCCUGGCUGGGCGUCAAUCAUUUUCAACGCCCAAAUAUGGGCGCUGAAGUUGCUGCCUGGCCUCUUGGUCAGGCACAGCAGCCUCGGUACCCGCGCAUAAAAUAUACGUAGCAAUAAAAUAAAAUUGUAACAAAUUUGCUACGAUGACGUAUGAAAAAGGCACUCGAUUCUAAGAACGACUUAUAAAAAAAAUAACUCCUUGUGUCGUCAUUAGGCCUCCUGUGACGACAAUGUUCGGCACCAAAACCGAGCAUGCUAAUUAAAAUAACCUUGAAUGUCACACGGGCAAAUGUUUCGAAAAUCCAAAGAAUGACCAAUAGAAGAGCCAAAAGUGUACCAACAAAAGCGAGAAUAGAAAACCAAUAGAAAGAGUCAGAAGUCUAGAGUAAGUAAUGCUUAACUUUGGGCCUAAACUUUAGCUUGUCUUAUGCAUAGGGCUGGUUCUGCCACUUGGCGUCGAUCUGAAAAUCAAAGGUUAGUGCGUCUCGAAGCUAUAUCACCAACACAAGGUUUAGUAACUCCAAGCUCCAUCCGUCAUUCCCCCUCUCAAGGAUCUCCGCUUCUCCAACCUCGAUUCGCACCCUCAAACACCUCCAUGGAAGAAUUACGAGACCAAAUGGUCCAAAUGACCCAACUUAUGAACCAAUUGAAAAUGGAAAACGAAUCCUUAGCAGCUGCGCAAGCCAAAAAUGACCUCGAUAACGAGAAGAAGAUCGAAAAAAUGGUUCUGCAGCAAACCAUGGGGAGCAAGUAUUUCUCCCUUGAUCCUAAACCUUUUCCCGGCAAACUACCGGAAAAGUUCAGUUCAUCUGACUUACCAAAGUUCAAAGCCACGGACAAUCCCCGUGAUCAUCUCUUGAGCUUUGUGAAUGCCAUGAACUUGAAAGGUGUGGACAAGUCCAUGUAUUUGCCUGCCUUUCCUUUGUCCUUGGAACCUGUGCCACUCAAAUGGUACUACCACCAGGACCCUAAGCUCACUACUACAAAAUUAGGCUAUAGCAACGCCCUUUUAGACAACAGUUUUCCCGGCGUUGCUAUAUCAUAGCUAUUGCAACAGUUAAAUAAUUAUUAAUUUGAGUAGACUUUGACUUUGGAAAAACGUUGCUAUAGAAAAACUAUUGCAACACUUAUAUACUAUGACUAUUUUAUUGCAACAGUUUUUAGUUUUUUAAUAUUUUAAUGAGAUAUUGAAACGGUUUUUUUUGUUAAGCAUUUAAAACAAUUUAAAAAUUUAAAAUAAAAAUAAAAUAAGAAAUAGAUUUAUUAAAAAAAUUUCAGUAGAGCGCUUUUAUUUUUUGGUUUCCCUCCCAUUGUUUCACGUUUUUCUUCACCCAAAACCCUUUUUCUUCAGUAGGUCUCUGCGUUCUUUUUCUCUUUCGCUCUCCUCGCCGUUGUAUAUCUUCCAUCAUCGUUCGUUCCUAGAAGCGCGAUUGUGGAUUGGCGUUCGUUCAUUCCUUGAAGCGCGAUUGUAGAUUGGCGUUUCUGGCUAUUGCGGCUCUAGAAGAGAUAUUGAAAGUGGCGAAAUCCAAUUCGGAAUUGUCGAGAAGAACCACGUUAGUUUCAAGGUGGUUCCUGUGUUCAGGAAGUAUUGCAACAAGUUCUUUUGGACUGAUCGAUUUUUAGCUGUGUGUGGUUUUCAACUGAUGUACUUCCUGCCACUUCAUAUUAUAAUUUCAUAAACGCCGACGAAUUCUCUCACCGCCUUCUCCCCUUAGAGUUGUAGAGGUAAUUUCUCAAAUUUCCUAAAUCUGUUUGUUAGUUUUCGGCAACUUCAGUCUCAUCUCUUAUUAAUUUCAAACCCUAAUUUAAUUCUUUAAUUUAUCAACUUUUCCCGAUCCAUAGGUUGUGUUUGUUAUUUUCCCCAUCAGAUUGUAUGCUAACUUGUUAAAAAUUAGAUCUGAAACUAAGAGUAGGACAAUACAAUGUGAGUGAUUCUCAGCGCUACCAUUUGCAUUAUAAAACAAGGGAUCCAUUCUCCAAAGUUGUGGAUUUGAACAUCUGAAAGCUUCUCUUGUGUCUCGUGGAUCCACAUGACGCAACGCACAAGUUAGGGAAACAAAAUGGGGGCAGAGGAUGGUAGAUAGAAGGAGAAUGGUAGAUAAAAGGAUGGCAUGAAGGGCAUAUAUUGAAGUUCUUUUGGACCGAUUUGGACAAAUAAAUUAAAUACUAGAUAGAUUUUAGAUUGCUUAAACUAUUAGUUCUUUUUGGAGAUUCAUUAGUUUUCUUAGUUGAUGUUUUUAUAUUAUAACAAUGAUUUUUGUUAUUAGAAUGAUUGUUAUGGAUAUUUUAUUUUAGUAAUAAGUAAAACUUAAUUUGAAAUAAAUAUUUUCUAUUUGUAGUA